UAUGGACUACUAUCAAAAUAGUGGCGACAGGGCCAAGGAUAAACCCCCACUGUACACCAACAGGCCCUGCUCCUCCCCAACGCCUAUCCUGACCCAGCGAGGCUAGGUAAUAACUGCGUGAGUGUUAACAUCAUUAUAACAGACGCUCUGCCAUUCAAACAAUGGUAGCCUGCGUGUUGUAAACAACAAAAGCGACAUUUGUCGAAUGUCCGUUUCGGGCCUGCGAACACAGUAAUGGGCGACAGGAGUAGCGCUGACCGGACCGAGGAAGUGGUCCCGUGGUUAUUUCUCAAUACUCAUGUAUGUAACAAGGUGAAACCACGAUGUCGCUAGACUGCGAAGGGGUUGGGGACAACCUCCAUGUCGUCUGUCAGUUGUGUGUUGCCAUGGAUACCCGUAGUCGCGAAGGUGACAAUGGAACGUGCACGCCGAGAUAACCAUUUCAUUUGGGAUUGCAGUGUUUAUCCUGCGCGGAGAGGGGACGGGUUAUCGAUUGUGCUGGUGAGAGUUUAACGUACAGACCCGGUAGAUACACACUUGGUGAUUGACUUUGCCAUGGGGUUCGUGAAUUUCUUCAUCUUGAUGUGAUUACAAGGAUUCCCAAAAUCAUCUUGCCAAACAUAUCAAACUCACUAGUCUUGAUGACGGAAGUAAUUUCUUGCUGAAAACUUUGACGUAUUUUUGACGUGAAUUAUUAAUCUCCGGACCCACGGUUAGACUGACAAGGCUACAUUCCAGUUUUGAGAUUAAAAGUUGUGGUGAUGUGAAUCGGCUUGUGUUUUUAAACAUGAGGUUAAGGAUAAGACGAGCGUUCUACACGCUUUCCCUUGUGAACCUGUUGGUAUUUUUGUUUUACUUAUAUGGACUCGCAUCGAAAGUACCUAAAGGGACGGUUGAACAAUACGAAUUUGCCAAGACAUUAAAGGACAAAACAACAAUUCGAACAACAACAACAACAACAACAACAACAACAACAACAUCAAGGCCUUUUUCCGACUCAUUGAAAUUUCGAAAUAGAACAAGUCCUGGGUGUCCACACGUUAAACGACCCACCAGCGUGCCAGAUAUUCAACAAUUUCAAAGAAUUGGCCACAGUGAUGCAUUUUAUGUUUUCUCGGCAUUUUUUGACGAUGUGAUCGAAGCGUCCCCAAUCGUUCGAUUAUUGGGUCUCUCCACUAGGGGAGGGGGUGGCACCCUAUACUGUCAGUUGUGGUUCGAUGACCCCACGGGACCUGAUUUUCUGGAAGUUCAAGUCAAAGUCCAAAGGAUACCCGAGGAUCAUGGGCGGAAAUACGGGGCGGUGUACCUGAAGUGUGGCCUACCUCAAAAGCGACGCCCAUAUGCUGUCUCCAUUGCAAGGCAAUCCUGCGAACCUCCAACGAACUAUCUGCCGGUGAUACAUUCCGAGAAAGCGUCUCAUGAAUUUGCAGUGUGCGUGACCCCGUUCAAUUUUAGAUACAGCCGAGCGUAUGAGCUGGUGGAAAUGGUUGAAUUCAACAAACUGAUGGGGGCAGGGAUGGUGAUGUUUUAUAAUCAAAGCACGGGCAGAAACGUAGACGCUGUCUUGAAGAACUAUGUUGCGGAAGGAUCUGCAGAAGUAGUGCAGUGGCAUCUUCCAAUGAAGGUGGACACAUGGCCGCCAAGCGGGCCGCCGGAAGUGCACUAUUUUGCGCAGCUUGCUGCCUUGAAUGACUGUGUGUACCGAAAUUUACACCGCUCAAAAUAUCUGGUAUUCACAGACAUGGAUGAGUUCGUCAUCCCCAAAGCAGAAAAGAACUGGACGUCUAUGGUGCAGAAAAAGGUAGCUAAGAACCCUAACAUUGGUGCUUUCAUCAUAAGGUGUAACUUCUUCCGGAAAGAUUGGCCUAAGUAUUCGAAGGACUUUGCCGGAAGGAGCGACGCGGAGAAAUACAAAUCCAUCCUGCUGUUGAAUGUGUUGAGAGAGAACAAGGCUUUCAACUACUUUCAACGUUCCAAGUAUAUCAUUGUGCCUUCUCGUGUGGAAACUGUGGGUAUUCACAACAUCUGGGCUCUGCGGCCAGGCUUCAUCACAGACCGCGUGUCGACAUCUGAUGCUCUCCUCCACCAUUACAGAAACUGGGAGAACCCGGAAGACAGCCAGACCAGAGUGGAGGACACCGUCAUCCAUGGCUACAAGGACAAGUUGCUGGACAGACUCCGCUAUACCUGGAGCGAACUACCCGGGGUUGUAUUGGACAUACCCCUCUCAAACUAUAGCAAGCCUGUAUAGAUUUUGAUGAACCUCCUCUGCGGUCCUCUGUGGUCCUCUGCAACCCUUAAGGACAUACCUCUACAGUAUUCCUGGGGCAAACAGCCCAGGGUUAGUAUUGAGUCUGGCAAUUUAUAGCAAGUUGUAUACAUUUUGACGAAACUAUGCCGUAUCGGCAUAAUUUUGGUAAAACACACCUCUUUAGUAUUCCAACGGCAACUUACCCCUUGUUCGUACGAAUACCUAUUUAGUAUUCCCUUUAGACUUACCCCUGGGUCGUAUGGACAUACCUCUUUAGUAUUACUAGGGCAGGGAAAUAUACCUUGGAGUGGUAUGCACAUACCUAUUUGGUAUUCCAAUAGCAAACGACACCGGGUUCGUAUGGACACACCAGUUUAGUAUUCCCAGGGUAAAUUACUCCGGGGUCGUAGGGACACACGGCUGUAGUAUACCCAGGUCAACAUACCCCUAGUUGGUCGGGACAUACCUAUUUAGUAUUUCCAGGGCAAAAUUCCCGGGUUCGUAUGGACACACCUUGUCAGUAUUACUGGGGCAAAAUACCCCUUUGACGAACUUCUGCGAGUUCACUCAAAUUCGGUAACUUCGUCCUUCCUCGAAAAGACGAGGGGACCCGGGUAGCCCAGUCGUCUAAGGCGCCGCAAUUCGUUGUGAAGAGUUGCGUCCCUUGAGCGCGCCAGAAACCUAUGAUUGUUGGUUCGAAUCCCGGUUCGCCCCUAUUAUGUUCCUAGGGUUGU